CUGCCGUGGCGAGAUGUGUGUGUACUGGCACAGACAGUUUUUUUUGUAAAAAAUAAUAUGCCGAAGUGCCUAAUGACCGAGUGCGUUUUUCUUUAAUAAAUUACAGUGUAAUUUUUAUUUUGUGAUAGAACAUAUGUGUUACGUUUCGAACUGCUUUAGGUGUUUUUAAGUAAUAUCUUUUUUAAAUAAAUUUAACAACAAAAUAAAACAGAAAAUUAAAAAAAAUAUAUAUCUAAUUAGAGAACGUCAAUCGAUUGAGCAUAGAACGCGCACGGCUCGGUCGUGGAGCGUGAUACAUCACGGGGACAGUGACCAUCAUCAGUGAUGGUGAUGGCCAGCGGCGGUGGCGGGCUGGUGCAGUCCCCGCCAGACAUGUUGCACCAUCACACAAUCAUGGACACGUCGUCUCAUGUCGAAAUGAUGCCCAAGAAACUCCGCCUAUCCCUCUGUGUGGGAUGCGGCGGUCAAAUCCACGACCAGUACAUACUACGUGUGGCGCCAGAUUUGGAAUGGCACGCCGCGUGCCUCAAGUGUCAGGAAUGCCGGCAGUUCCUAGACGAAUCCUGCACGUGUUUCGUGCGAGACGGAAAGACGUAUUGCAAACGAGAUUACACUAGGUUAUUCGGUACGAAAUGUGACAAGUGCGGCGCUUCAUUUAGUAAAAACGACUUCGUGAUGCGAGCGAAGACGAAGAUAUAUCACAUCGACUGUUUCAGAUGCUGCGCGUGCGCAAGACAAUUAAUACCAGGCGAUGAGUUCGCGUUACGAGAAGGUGGUGCUUUAUACUGUAGAGAAGAUCAUGAUGUUUUAGAAAAAAGCGCAAACACGAGCAGCAACAGCGGUAACGCGGAAAGCAACAACAACACAACACUUAGCAACAAUAAUUCACACCAUCCCCACGAGCUGGGCUCUAUGUCAGAUUCGGGCAGUGAGUCAGGUUCCCAUAAGAGUGGUCGAGCGCGGCAAGGAGCUGCCGCCGACGGAAAACCAACUCGUGUACGCACCGUACUAAACGAAAAGCAGUUACACACGCUUAGAACUUGUUACGCUGCGAAUCCAAGACCCGAUGCUUUAAUGAAAGAACAACUGGUCGAGAUGACUGGUCUCAGUCCGAGGGUCAUCAGGGUCUGGUUCCAGAACAAACGGUGCAAAGAUAAGAAGAAGACGAUACAAUUGAAAAUGCAAAUGCAACAAGAGAAGGAAGGCCGCCGCCUGGGCUACAUGUCCAUGGGUGUGCCGCUAGUGGCGGGGUCGCCGGUGCGGCACGAGGCGGGCUCGCUGGCGCUGGAGGUGACCGCGUACCAGCCGCCGUGGAAGGCGCUGUCCGACUUCGCGCUGCACGCCGACCUCGACCGCGCGCCGCAGCACAGCGCCGCCUUCCAGCAGCUCGUGAACCAGAUGCACGGUUACGACAUACCUUCACUCCCGCCUCCACGGCCUGCUCACGGCGGGGAAGACAACUACGUCACUUACCUGGAAAGUGACGACAGCCUACCCCCAUCUCCCUAGUGCCGUCUCACCUAACCCCCUUCUAUAGGGGGAGGCAUAUAAAGACAUUUAUCGGUUGGAAACAAAGCCAAUAUGCAGCCUAGAGCGAUAGCCUGCCGCGAACGAUAUAGUGCUAUCUCAUGUAAGAUUCACGAGUAGAGAGGGAUAGGUAUAGACUUUUCUUACUAUCAAAAUAAAUUAGCAACAAUCCUCGACAUAUUAUAAAAUAUAUAAAAAUAUAAAAACGUGAUAUGUGAUUUAAUUAAAUCCUUCGAUAUCGCCUUACGUUAAACUUAUAAGUAUUUCUGAAGUACUUCAUUAUCAAGUAUUAUUGAAAAGCCUGAAAGAUUUUUUUUUUUAUAUUUAAGUAAUGACGUCACAAUUUUAAUAAAAUCAAUCUUUUGAAAAGUAAAAACCGUAAAAAUGUCGGUGAUAUAUAAUAUACACACAUCUCGCCUGUGUUACCUUACUCGUAAAUAAGGGUUUUUGCUAUUUAAAAACUGAGUUUAAAAUUGUGAUGAUACAUGGGUCAGUGCAAAGUAUUGUAAUAUAUAGCAUAAGUGGACUUGCCAGGUUUGUUCUGUAUUAUUGAUAAUAGUACGAAAGCAAAACAUCACUGUCAUAUUUUCUUGUCGAAAUCUUAAUUUGUAUGAAAAAAUGUGGUUACAAAAUAAGAUUUUCACUUUUAUCAUUGUAAACGAUUUGUUUACAAAUUUUAAUCGGUUGAUGUGUAAACGUCUUAGCGCUCAAUACACGGUAGGGGCUAACUGAGACUUCCAGCGUCAGAUGACGUCAGCGUAAGAUUUGUUAUUUACACAUCAAUUCACGUGAGUACCUUGGCACUCGCACUAUUAUUUUUUUUAAAGUUAUAUUUUCAUGCUUAUAAAUCGUACUUAAACCAUAUUUUACUUAGCAUUAUUUACUGUUAACAAUUAUGUGAUGUUUACCAUUAGUUUUAUAAUAACUUAAAUGUACUUAUUUACUUAUUAUUUAAUAUCAACUUUUAUUCACUGCGAAGAUCUGUAUUAUUGUAUAUACAUUUGUAUUUGUGUAUUUGUAAAUAAAGUGUAUAAACUUAGACAUAAUAUACAUUUACCUGCGAACUAUUGAAUAAGCGUAUUUUAAAUAGAAUAAGACUUAAUGCUAAUGCACGAACCAAAACCCUUUAAAAUAUUCUUAUUACAAUAAAAAAAUUAGAAAAAAAAAAAACAUUAUAAUUCAAAAAAAGUUUUUAAUUUUUUUUCAACGAUACAAUAAUACCUAAUGAGAUUGACGUAAUUGUAAAAUAUUGUGACUUAUUUUAAUAAUGAAAUAAUCAUUUUUUUAUACUUUCGUAAACAUUAAAGGGUGGUGUUAUACUAAUCUUUGAUAGAGAUUACCGGACGUUUAAUUUAUUCUGUAGUUAAAACUAUACACUUCUUAGAUUGUGAGCAUAAUAUUAAUAAA